UGUCCGGACUGGAAGGGGGUGAAAGUGUCCGGACUGGAAGGGGGUGAAAGUGUCCAGACUGGAAGGGGGGGUGAAAGUGUCCGGACUGGAAGGGGGGGAAAGUGUCCGGACUGGAAGGGGGGGAAAGUGUCCGGACUGGAAGGGGGGGGAAAGUGUCCGGACUGGAAGGAGGGGAAAGUGUCCGGACUGGAAGGGGGUGAAAGUGUCCGGACGGAAGGGGGGGAAAGUGUCCGGACUGGAAGGGGUGAAAGUGUCCGG